GUUGCAGAGACGCGGAGAGGAGCGCGUUCUCUGGCCGCUGCGUCCCCUGCCCCGGCGCCUUCCCGGCUCCCUCUCGUCUCGGGCAACUCCCAGCCGGUCCGGGGUGGAUAGCGCUCCGCGGCCCUCCAGGCCACUCACGGGCCCCGCGCGCCCUAACUGCCUGUAGCCCAGCCGGCCGCACUCGUCCCCGGAGCCGGGCCUAGGGCGCGCGGCGGCCGGGCUGGGCUCGGGGCGUCCCGAUGGCCGCGGCCGGCUGGCGCGACGGCUCCGGCCAGGAGAAGUACCGGCUCGUGGUGGUUGGCGGCGGCGGCGUGGGCAAGUCGGCGCUCACCAUCCAGUUCAUCCAGUCCUAUUUUGUGACGGACUAUGAUCCAACCAUUGAAGACUCAUACACAAAGCAGUGUGUGAUCGAUGACCGAGCAGCCCGGCUGGACAUUUUGGAUACAGCUGGACAAGAGGAGUUUGGAGCCAUGAGAGAACAGUACAUGAGGACGGGCGAGGGCUUCCUGUUGGUCUUUUCAGUCACGGAUAGAGGCAGUUUUGAAGAAAUCUAUAAGUUUCAGAGACAGAUCCUCAGAGUAAAGGACCGUGAUGAGUUCCCCAUGAUUUUAAUAGGCAAUAAAGCUGACCUGGACCAUCAGAGACAGGUAACACAGGAGGAGGGCCAGCAGCUAGCGCGGCAGCUCAAGGUCACGUACAUGGAGGCAUCGGCAAAGAUCAGGAUGAACGUAGAUCAAGCUUUCCAUGAACUCGUUCGGGUUAUAAGGAAGUUUCAAGAGCAAGAGUGCCCUCCUUCACCAGAGCCAACCCGGAAGGAAAAGGACAAGAAAGGCUGCCACUGUGUCAUUUUCUAAGAGUCCCCUGAGUUCUAGCUAACAACUGCCAGGGAAGCCCUCAUCUCUGUUACGGUUUACAUCACGCUGGUACCUUUGUAGCCUUAGACCGAUGCUCACCGUGUCAGCCUUACACCAGGAAGCUGCCUAGUCCUUUCUGCGAAGCUAAUGUCACGGUCUCUUCGAGACCCGUGUAAAGGAAACACUAAGGCCGCUUCAGACGUUAUCUGACUAAAACACACGUCUCCACACGCAGAUGCAUUCUGUAAGGGCUCACAUUUGAAUAGGGAUGAACCACGUUUGGAACCUGAGCUGUUUGCUAAGCUGAACUGACAGGUCGUGAGGUAACGUUAACUUCUGGAAUCAUGUUGCCCACUGUUACUCUAAAUAGAAACAUAGGGAAGGUUGGUUCUUUUGUUUUGGUUUUUUUUUUUUUAAUGUGAAUUUUUGCCUAUCUUUAAAACUUUUGAUGUCAACUUUCAUUAACCUUAAAUACACUGAAUGGAAUCUACAAAAGUGAGACAUCUCAGACCUUUCCUGAUGCUACGGCUUUUGUUUCUCCAGUGGCCAGAAUACCAAAACGCCUGCUGUAUUUAUGGAUUAAAAACUGCUGAUCAAGCCUUUGUUAUUAUGCCUCCUUCAAGAUGACAGUGUUCUCUGUGGCCAAAUGUUGGGGCUGAUGCUGUACUUAGGUGUUUCAGUGAACUUGACUUCUUUUCACAGCCGUGGUAAGGGUAAGAGUGAGUGGUUCCUGUCUGUCUUCCUUUUCAAGUAUUCCUGGUUAAACGAUUUAAAAAAAGAAAGAAAGAAAGAAAGAAAAAACCCAACCCACACAAACUAAAACUCUUUCUGUUUGAUGUGAUAUAAAAUAUGGUAUUGAUCUUUCCAGAGUAAGAUGAUUAAUGUUUUUUGCUAUAUACUUUUAUACGUUAUUUUCUUAUCAAACUAGUUAACAAGUAUUUUUAUAUGUUUGUAAGCGAAUAUGCUUUCACAGCGUACCUUGUGUAUAUGUAAAGAUGGGUAUUUAAUUCUCACUGUUAACU